UUAAGAUAUUGGACCGAGCAUUAACUUGAAGCUUCACCACUUUAUUCAUAUUUAGCAAUUUAAAUAUUCUUGAUCUAUUUUCCACCACCUACUAUCUGGGGCCCAAGCUUCUGGAAAUCAUGUGUCCCCAAAGCCAACCAAGCAGAGCUCUUGUCAAGUUAUGCAUAUUUUGGUGGUUAAUAAGUAAUAUAGAAGGACUUAGUCAAUUGGUUUUCUUUUUCUUUAUUUAUUCAUGGGAUGAGGGCGUCGCUGGCUAGGCACCAUUUAUUGCCCAGUCCUACUUGGCCAGAGGGGAAGAGUCAACCACAUUGCUGUGGGUCUGGGGCCACAUGUAGGCCAAACCAGAAUUGUGACAAUGUCAAAUGUGAAAACUUUCUAUGCACUAUAAACAACCUCAAAAUGAACAACCAAUACACGAUCAAAAUUGUUAUGAGGAUCUGGAUGGACACAUUUAUAAAUGCUGACUUUCAAAGAAUAACACUGACUUCAUCGGCACAGAUUGAUACAAGGAAUCCGUUGUUGAUCAUCAAUAGCAAUACCUUAACAAUGCCAGUUGAAAUAUCAAGACCAAUGAAGGAAGAAGUUCCUACAGGAGUGAUUGUGGGGAGUGUGAUCGGAGGACUACUUGUACUUCUGGCAUUGAUUGCUGCCUUGUGGAAAGAGCUCAAGUGUUUUACUCUAUCUUUCCUCUUCUUGGGAAUAUACCUUGACUGUGCCUAA